AAGAGAAACAAGCAAGGAAACAGCAAUAAUAACAGCACAAAAAUAUAUGCAAAAUAGUUCUAACUGUAAAAUACAGUGCCUUCUAUAAAAUAAACAACGUCGCUACCACCACCAACACUACCAACUACCAACAAGAAUCCCUUAACAGCGGGUGAGGAGCAGCAUCAACCCAGCAAAAUUCGUUCAGCAAAACACGGCACCCUUAGUAUGAAAUGAGGCGGCCAGACAAACGCAUCGACAACGAAGAUCGUACAAGGACUGGCACACGACGACGGCUACGCGCAGCAUGAACAGCAACAAUCUGCAGCAAUGGUGGGAGCACAUGUACCGCCGGCAUCAGCUCCAGGCGCACAACAACCUCGACACCACGGAGUUGCAUUACGCACUCCUCGAGCAUAACCAACUGGGCCCCGGCACACAGCCCAUUACCGAGCUGGAAAGUUCCGUCACGGACUUUGACUAUGGCAACUUUAGUCUGAUUAAUCCUUACGACCUUGACGCUGUUGCUGGCGGCGGCGGCGACUCGGAAAAUGCCAUCUCCUCUCUGACACUCCUGCUGCUGGCCGUCAGCUAUGGUCUUGUGGUCUUUGGUGGCGUUGUGGGCAACUCCACGCUGGUGCUCACCCUCUGCUCGGCCUCCUCGGUACGCCUGCGGAAUCCCUUGCUGCUGGCCGUGUGCAUUGCAGAUCUGCUAGUCACCGGCAUAUCGGCGCCUGUUACGCUGCUUAAUCUGGCCAUGAAUCGAAGGACAAGAUCGCUGCCGCUGGUGCUGUGCAAGGUCAUACACUACAUACAGGUCAUGCCCGUGGCGGCCAGCACCAUUUCCUUUUUCAUGCUCUCCCUGGAUCGCUAUGCCACCGUCAAGCAUCCUCGUUUGGCUCAGCUGCGGCAGCGUCGUUAUCUGCACGUGUCCCUGGCACUCAUCUCGUGGCUGGCCUCGGCAGCCAUCAGCACUCCCUUCCUGUUUGCCUACAAGAUCAUCGCCAAGUCGGUGAUCAUCAAGGGCGUGGGUGCGGGGAGCACAAAUGCCAGCACCACACCGAACCCAAUCAGCAUCAGCUGCACCUCCGACCUGGGGGCCAAUGCCAUGUUCAUGUCGUUCAUCAUCUUCCACACGAUAGCCGUGUUCGUUCUGCCCGGUGUGGGGGUGCUGCUGAAUCACUACGGCGUGCGUCGCAAACUGUGCGCCCUGUCGCUGACGGCUCGUGCGGCUCACGGGGAACUGCCACUGCCCAUGCCCAUACUGCGGCGACAGACGCACAUGGUGAUUGUGACGGGUUGCGCGAAUGCACAGCAGGCGGCCUGCGGCGGACCCACUACCGUGGACGAUACCUCGAAUGGGAAUGGCAAUGGCAAUGGCAAUGGCGGUGGACCAAUGGCCGUGAGUCCAGGCGACAUACAAAUGCACACGCUACAGCCACGGUCGGGUUCGGCCCUGGAUGCGGGCUCCUUUCGCUCCAGCAAUCCCAUAUCGCCCAGAGCCAUGAGGGAGAUACGCGCCCAUUCGCAGCGCCAGCGCAUACAUCGUGCUGGUCGGGGUCCGGCCACUCCGGGCAUACCGCUGCCACAGACCUCGACCCUGAGGUCGCGACGCCAUUUGGCCAACAUGCUGAUCGCCUCUGCCAUCAUUUUCAUCGUUUGCUGGGCGCCGCAUGUCUUUUGCAUAUUCUAUAAGAAUUUCGGCUACAAGCAAUACUGCAGCAAGUCCUCUGUGUACUUCAGUCUGUUAUUGGGAUACUUCUACUCGGCCAUCAGUCCGGUCAUCUAUUGGGCGCUCAAUCACAAUUCGCUACGACAAUCGCCCUGUGCGCCCAUCAUACGGCUGCGCUCCAUGCAGAAUUUUCUGAGAUCACGCUUUCGUACGCACACGGUGCCACCUCCGCCAUCGUCCACCAAUGAGGCGGCCCUCGGUGCAUUCAAUCCCAAACUGAUUAAGCUGACACCGAAACAGUAUAGAGCUCAGGCUUCUUCGCAUUAUCUCUACUAGUGUGAUACUAAACUAAACAAACAAAAAACAAAAAGCAAAACAAAACAAAACUUGAUAUACAUUAUAUGCAAUGCAUAUA